AUGUGUGGCAUUUGUUGUGCAGUAAGCUUUUCUGUUGAGCAUUUUAGCAGAGAUUUGAAAGAGGAUUUACUGUGUAAUCUUAAACGACGGGGGCCCGAUAGUAGUAAACAGUUGUUAAGGUCCACUGUUAACUACCAGUGUUUAUUCUCUGGCCAUGUCCUUCACUUAAGAGGUCUGUUGACUGCCCAGCCUGUGGAAGAUGAAAGAGGCAAUGUAUUCCUGUGGAAUGGAGAAGUCUUUAGUGGGAUCAAGGUUGAAGCCGAAGAGAAUGAUACUCAAAUCAUAUUUCAUUAUCUUUCCUCUUGUAAGAAUGAAUCUGAUAUUUUGUCGCUCUUCUCAAAAGUCCAAGGUCCUUGGUCUUUUAUAUAUUAUCAAGCAUCUAGCCAUUCUUUAUGGUUUGGUCGGGACUUUUUUGGUCGUCGUAGCUUGCUUUGGCAUUUUAGUAACUUGGGCAAGAGUUUCUGCCUCUCUUCAGUUGGCACCCAAGCAUCUGGAGUGGCUGAUCAGUGGCAGGAAGUUCCAGCAUCUGGAAUUUUCAGAAUUGAUCUCAAGUCUGUUUCCACUUCCCAAUCUGUUGUUUUAAAGUUGUAUCCUUGGAAAUACAGUUCGGGGGAUGAUAUCAGAGAAUGUGUUAAUAAUAGCCUGACUGAGAUUUCAGCAGACUUGCCAACAUUUGUCUUGGUGGCAGCAAAUGAAGCCAAACUGUAUCUUAAAGAACCUGUUGUCCCUUUAAAUAUGGCGUUGCCACAAGCUGCAUUUGAGACCCAUUGCAGCAGCAUUUCCAGGAGUCCGCUGACAAGAGAGACCCUUCGGGUCUUUCUUACAGAGGGACACAUGAAGGAAGUAGUUCAGCAGUUCAUUGGUGUCCUGAGCACCGCAGUCAAGAGACGUGUCUUGUGUUUACCUAGGGAUGAACACCUGGCACCAAGUGAAGUUUUGAAAACUCGUAACAGGAAAGCAAAUGUCGCAGUUCUGUUUUCUGGAGGGAUUGAUUCCAUGGUCAUCGCAGCCCUUGCUGACCAUCAUGUUCCUUUAGAUGAACCAAUUGAUCUUCUUAAUGUGGCUUUCAUGACUAAAGAAAAGACUAUACCGGUUAAUUUUAACAAAAAAGGGAGAAAACAGAAAAAUCAUUGUGAAAUGCCCUCUGAAGAAUUCUCCAAAAGUGCUGCUGCUACGGCCGCCAGCCCUGGUGAACAAUUCAAUGUGCCAGAUCGAGUCACAGGAAGAGUGGGACUGAAGGAACUGCAAGCUGCUAACCCUUUGCGGAUUUGGAAUUUUGUUGAAAUUAAUGUUUCUCUAGAAGAACUGCAAAGAUUAAGAAGAACUCGAAUAUCGCACUUAAUCCAGCCCUUGGAUACAGUCCUGGAUGAUAGUAUUGGCUGUGCAGUCUGGUUUGCUUCCCGAGGAGCUGGCUGGUUAGUGACCCAGGAUGCAGCACAGCCGUAUCAGAGCAGUGCAAAGGUAGUUCUUACUGGAAUUGGUGCAGAUGAGCAGCUUGCAGGUUAUUCUCGUCAUCGGGUCCGCUUCCUGGCCCAUGGGCUGGAAGGACUGAAUAAGGAAAUCAAAAUGGAACUGGGCCGAAUUUCUUCUAGAAAUCUUGGUCGUGAUGAUAGAGUUAUCAGUGAUCAUGGAAAAGAAGCAAGAUUUCCUUUCUUGGAUGAAAAUGUUGUCUCCUUUCUAAAUUCCCUACCAGUCUGGGAAAAGGCAAACUUGACUUUACCCCGUGGAAUUGGUGAAAAACUGAUUUUGCGUCUUGCAGCAGUGGAACUUGGUCUAACAGCCUCUGCUCUUCUGCCAAAGCGGGCCAUGCAGUUUGGAUCCAGAAUUGCAAAAAUGGAAAAGAAUAAUGAAAAGGCGUCUGAUAAAUGUGGAAGGCUCCAGAUCAUCUCCUUAGAAAACCUUUCUGUUGAAAACUAGAUGUUUCAUAGUGUAAUGACAUUUACUGAAUGGUGGUUUUAAAAAAAAUAAAAUACUCUGCUGCUUUA